GUACCGCAGCGAGGGUGUUGCGGAGUCUGCUCUGGUCGACGACACCCUCAACGGAAAUCCUCGAUCUUCGUCGUCGUCUUCCUCGAUUCUGCCUCCCGUUCAGUCAGCAUCCGCGGACACGGUCGACGCUGCGAAUCUGUCCGAUUCGAUAAAUUAUUGCGAGAAAGCGGAUAACGAAACGACAGAGAUGGGAGGCGUUCCGCACGUGGAGGGUGGACUGAACAGCGAGCUGUACGCGGUCCCUGUGAAGCGGAGGCAGCCCAAGGAUCAAAAGAACAAUGCCACUCUGCAGAACAAUGCCCAGGAGAAGCCGGCUGAGGUGGAUACCACCGAUUCUGAGGACAAAGAUGAGAAUCUGCCACCCGGAUGGCAGAAGCACGAGGACGAGAAUGGACCUUACUACUGGCACGUUAAGAGCGGAAACAUCCAGAGGGAGCCACCAGAGGCGCCGCCACACUCCAAGAGAGAGUCGCGCAGGAGCCUCAUCAAAGACAACGACAGCAUAAACAACUUCCACACCCUGAGCGGCAUGGUGAACACCGUCACCCGUAGUAACACGAGCUCGGCUUUGGAUCAGGAGUUGGAGAACAAGAGAAAAAUGGAGCUGGCUCUCAAGCGACGGAGCUAUCCCGCACGAGCAGACUCCGAGGGUAGGGACAAGCCUAUCAGAUUCGCCGUACGUUCUCUUGGGUGGACGGAAAUCGCGGAAGAGGAUCUGACGCCUGAAAGAAGCAGCAAGGCGGUCAACAAGUGUAUCGUGGACUUGUCUCUGGGUAGAAACGAUCUCUUGGAUGUGGUUGGACGGUGGGGCGAUGGCAAAGACCUGUUUAUGGACCUGGACGAAGGCGCCUUGAAGCUGAUAGACCCGGAGAAUCUCACCGUGCUCAACACACAGCCGAUUCACACGGUGAGGGUGUGGGGUGUUGGCAGAGACCAUUGCCGUGAAAGGGACUUCGCAUACGUGGCAAGAGACCGGUCGACCCGAAAACACAUGUGCCACGUGUUCCGUUGCGACAUACCGGCGCGCACAAUCGCGAACACGCUCCGCGAUAUUUGCAAGAAGAUCAUGAUCGAACGGUCGCAACACCAGAAUCUCGCGAAACCGGUAGACAUCAAUGGACGAACAAGCUUGGCCACCCGGCCGACUAACCUACCCACAGAGCAUCGACGCUUCCAUAGAAACGGACAGGCCCUAGUCACGCAAUCAUUCCCAACGCCGAUGGAAGAACCGAAGAAGGUGUUGCGAGCGCAAUAUCUCGGAUCUAUGCAGGUUUCUCAGGCAACUGGAAUGGAGGUUCUCAACGACGCGAUAGAUCACAUCGUUGCUAACACGCCUAUCAAUCAGUGGCGAAACGUGAACGUUGCCGUGGCGCCCAGUAUGAUUUCUAUCCUUACACCGAACGAGGAUAAACUUAUCACCGAGUGUCGAGUACGUUAUCUGUCGUUCCUCGGUAUCGGUCGCAACGUGAAACAGUGCGCCUUCAUAAUGCACACCGCGCAAGAUCUCUUCAUCGCACACGUCUUCAACUGCGAGCCUAGCAGCGGAGCCCUUUGCAAAACCAUCGAAGCCGCUUGCAAGCUGAGGUACCAGAAAUGCUUAGACGCACACCCGCAAGGCUUCAGAAACGCUAGCAGCCUGAACACCCCGAGUGGCAAGGGUCUUGGCGCUACCUUGAAAUCUCUGGUCGGCUCUCUGACUGGGCGUAGGAAUAAGCAGGGAACUGUGGCCGCUGCCUGCUGAGCGAGAAGUGAUCAGACACAGACAUCUGCAGUCGCCCCUGACCUUGAAAUACUUCAGCGGAUCGCCUCCGAGCGCAUCUCUCAGGUCACUCCUUUCACCCUCUCUGGACAACAGGCGUAUUCAACUGGCCCGUUGGGAGAGCAAUCCUUAAGAGGAACAGAGCCGCAGGUCAAGCCAACUCUCGAGAAAGAAGAAUGAAAGA